GCUCCUGCCCCAUCGGCCCCCGCCCCGAAAAGGCCUUCCUCGGAAGCGGAAGCGGUCCAGGGCGUUGUGGCUGCGCUCCCAGAAGGAGAGCCUGGGGCCGGAGUCCUGGUGCGAGCCGGGCGGCAGCCGCGAGCACGAAGACGACGGAGGCGGCGGCUGCUGCGGGUGCGGCCGGAAAGGUUCCUUGAGUCGGUAGCCGCCUCCUCCUCGGCCAUGGAGGUGCCCGAGCUCAGGGGGAGGCUGGUGGCGCAAGUGGGAGAAGCGGCGAGACGAGGAGAGGAGGAGGCUGUUCCGCAGGUCGGGAGGCGGCCUACGCCUGGCGUAAGGGCCCUUGGUGGUGGUGCCUCCGCCGCCAUCUCUACUGCUGGGCUCCGGAGGCCCGCUGUCGUUGUUGUCGUCGUCGCUGAUUUCCCCGUCCUCCAGCUCCCCUUCCUCUCGCGGAGAGAGGUCGCUCGAGGCCGCCGCCGCCGCCUUCCCCUCAGGCGCAGGAGCCGCCAUAAGGGGGUUUACUCAGCCGCUCACCGACGCGGCAGGGAGCGGCUUCGAACUGACGUGCACGCGAGCGAGCGCACCGUUCACUUUCGGUUCCUUGGCCGUGUGCCGCCGCGGCCCAGUCAGACCCCAAACUUGUACGCGAGACACCACCCUUUCCCCGUUUGCUGGCGCCUGCUCUCGCGAGAGCUCAGCUCCGGCUUCUCUCGCUCGCGCUCUCCCGCUCCCCCUCCCCACCGUCGCGCUUCUCUUUCCUCCGAGAAGGGGCAGCGAAAACAUCACAAAGGGGACGUCGAACGGCAUGAUGGGAGUUGUAGUCCUCCGCUAUGUGUCGGCAAUGGGCAGCGGUGGGGGUCGCCUGCCUGUUCAGCAGCAAGUUCUACACAGCAGAAUGAGAAAUAACGGUGCUUUUACAGUAGAAGUUUAAAGAGAAAGGGCUGGUUCUAGAAUUGUAUCCCCUCAGAGCGGCCGUUUCAGUGGACAGUGAGGCGACUCCUUUGGGGCGCAGCAGGGUCGUCACAAACGCCGCUCGUGACGCUUAGAGUGAAUCUAGGCCCCAAGCGACUCCGCUGCCGUAAGAUGUGGUAUCAGAUUCACAGAGGGUGAGGUUAUCGAUAGGGAACGAGGCAAAGAUGGCUCUAGGCUGCCUCCAAUAUCAGAGGCCCCUUUCCGUUGACCCGCUUUCGGAGAAUACUGAAGACGCGCCUCCUUUCCCUGACCUUUGACACCGUUUUUUUUUCGGGAUCCACCCUACUGUUACUUAACUGUUUUUUUUUAUUUUGAAAAAAAUUAAAUGGUUGCAGCCUGCCCUGGGAACUGCUGCUGAAGGCCAGGUAAUCAAACUUAAUCAUAAUAAUUAAAUAACAGAAAGAACACUAGGAGACAGCUGUUGUUGCCCUCAUCGCUUCAUGGUGGGGAAUCCCAUAAACAUCUGGCUCUCCACUGUGGGAAAUGGGAUUCCAGGCUACAAAGGCUUUGGUGUAAUCCAGUAGAUUUUUGUGUGUUUAGGAUAAAGCAAUCUAGAGAAAUGGUUGUCGUUCUCCAGUGAGGCGGCUACCAAUGAUGGUGGUGAUAAUAAUACUUUGUUAUUUAUCCCUCACCCAUCUGAAAAAGUUCUGAAGUUGUUAUUUUCAAGAGGCGUAUAAGGUCAUCUGGAAUAAUUAAAAAGCGUCAGCUGUCAAGCUACAAGACCUCAGUGUAGCUCAUACUACUUUUGUCGUUUUCCAAAUACACACACGAGUUUUGUGGCACUUUAGCAAAUAUUGUAUGGGGAAGGAUCCUCUGCUUCAGUCACUCGGCUAAGUGGCUUACAUGGCAGAAGCCCUUUGAUGCUACUGCUAUACGAGGUAGGCUGACACAACUGUGCAGAUACACCAAUGCAACGCCACUAUGUUGACACAACUCCAGUGCAGCAGCCACACAGUGUGGAGACAUUGGCAGGACAGGGAGGAGCAGACCUUGAACGUCUUGAAUGUGCCCUCAACAAUGGCAGAAUUUACACAGCCCAUAAUGCUGGUCUAAGGAAAAUUUCUUCCAUUCACUUUGGUAGAAACAGGAGGGGGAUCACUACCUACCCACAUUGCCUUGAUAGAUUAUAAGCAGGCUGGAUCCCUAGAUCCAAAGUGUAGGCUAAACAGGAGAGAGCCCCCAGCAGAGUUUAAAACCACAAAAUCACACAGUGCAGUGAAGCAUGAGGAAUAUAGGCUUUUAGACCUUUUGCUUCCCCUCUCUACCCCUCUCUCAAUGAACAGAACACACUGCUAAUAAGUUUAAAUACUUUACUUAACAACAAAGAUCAGAUUCAUGCGUUAUUCCAUGCAGCAGCAAGAACACAGGUAGAAAAUUAUUGUGUUACAAAAUACAGAAAAAAAUAUUUCUGAGCACGCGGUCUGGACUUGAAGCAGUCGAGUUUAAGUUGAGUGUACUAAAGAACAGGAGAUGGAAGAUGAGGCUGGUUGAGUGUCUCAUGCUUCACUGGACAACUUAAAGGUACAGCGUCAACAGGGCUGCCAUCAAGGGUCAGCAAGGUCAGGCACCUGCUGAGGAUUCACAGCCCAGCAAGGGGCCCUUUAACAAGAGCCCCCUGGAUCUGCUACAACAAAGUGGUAGCCUCACCAAGGGAGAAUGUCUUGCUAAAGUGCCCUCUGAAACCUGAAGUUGACAGUGAGCAUCAGUCUUAAGCUAGGGUAAUGUUUUGGAAACACUGCAAUGCUAUUCAUGCUCCAGAAACAGUACAUUCCACUGAACACAGUUUGACUUACUUUUGAGUAAACAUGCAUCCUAUGAGCUUGUAAUUUAAUUUCAUUUUCUAAGAAUUGUCCUUUUAAUCCUGGGAUAUGCAUAUAAAAAAUAAUUUUUAGAACUGAAACCUGCAGCGGAAUAUUUUUACUGUUCUCCUAAAAUGUACAAUUGGUAUCCUUUUGGUAUAUCAUUCUAGAUACUGAUUGGACUGUGGGAACCUGAUUAACGAUUUACUUUAUUUUGCAAAACACGAGGAACAAGUUUCUCCUUGUUUAAGGAGAAUGCUUAUGAGACAAAGAAGAACUUUUCAACUAGAGCAAUCCUAUGUCUGAAAGAAUGUCAUACCACAUACUGGACACUCUGCAGCAGAGAUGUCUAAAAUGUACCCAAAUCUUAUGUUAGCUCUCUUUUCCUUUGUUAUCAGUUAGUAUCAGUUUCUGCUUUACAUCAUUAUCUAAUAGAGAAAAGGAAAGUGUUUGCUCAGAGGAAAUAUUUGAAGUUAGUGACAAUUAAGUAGCAAGCUACUGUGUGCUUCCUGAAUUGGAUGUGUUUAGAUAAAGUGGCAAGGACCAUUUUAAAUUUCAGAAAAUCACAUACAGUACAGUAUGUAGUUCUAACCUGCUUAGUACAUUCCACUGAACUCACUGGGCCUUACAUCUGGAAAACCCUUCUUAGUUUAAUGCUGCAUGACUGUACUUAGAAGAGAGCUAAGUCGCAUUAAACCAGGCUGAUUUGCUGUUUCAGGCAAAACAGAAACCUAUGGCAAAUGUAUACCCUCCAACAUUUCUCCAAUGAAAAUAGGGACAUCCUAUUCAAUAAUAAUAAUAAUACUAAUAAUUUUUUUAUUUAUACCCCGCCCAUCUGACUGGGUUGCCCCAGCCUCUCUGGGCAGCUUCCAACAUAUAUAUUUUUUAUUUUUUAAAUUCCCUAUAGAGGGCUGCCUUCAGAUAUCUUCUAAAGGUUGUAUAGUUACUUAUUUCCUUGGCUCAGGGGUCGCAUAGAUCCAUACCCUCCAACGUUUCUCUGAUGAAAAUAGGGACAUCCUAAGGAAAAGUGGGACAUUCUGGGAUCAAAUCAGGAAACAGGACGGCUUCUGUAAAUCUGGGAGUGUCCCUGGAAAAUAGGGACCCUUGGAGGGUCUGCAACAAGGCAACCCAGGGAAGCUCCAGCAUGCUGAAGGAGGCAGAGGAGAAAAAAGGAAGCUGGAGAGGAGCAGGCCGUGGCGGAGGGGUGAAUGGAGGAAGAGGAGACAAGUACAGGAGGCAGUGAACGCCAUGCUCCUCAAGGCCUGGAUCUGCUACCCUUCCCAGCUGACCCCAGCCUGUUGCCUGAGGUGGUGACUGCCUCAUCUAGGCUCAUGAUGGGUUGGCCCUGCAUUAAACACAGUGGUGCUUACUUCUGAAUAAGCAUGUGUAGAAUCUGCCUUAUAAAUAUUAAGCGAACUGUGGUAUUGGUUGGCACCUUCCUGUAUUUCAUUGCUGAUAAAAGACACUGGGUGGGUGGAUCCCUGAGGUUGAAGGAGGAGAAUGCCUGCACAGGCAGGGCUUUGCUGUGAAGCUUGAGGCUUAAGCACGCCCUGACUUCUUGCAUUUCUCAGUGCUGUUCCGUCCCCCAACAAAAUGAGUCGUGAGAAAAUUUAAGUUCUGCAGCACAUAGUAGCUGAAACAAGGCGAGUGGAACUAAUUUUCUGUGGGUGAAAAGAACGAGCCGGAAAACCUAUCCCACUACUCCAUCAAGAUACUGCUGGUGGCUGCUUAGUUAAUAUGCUACUUUUGAUAUUUUCUCAGGAUUUCAACCUGUGGUUUUGAGUUACUUUUUUUACCUUCAUCUUCUACUCCCUGAAUUCAUUCUCUGGAACAGGUAAGGAAUACUGAUUAAUUCCCACGCUUUCAGUGUAGUGGCUUAUUAAUUUCUUGCUAUAUAUUUUGUUUUUAAGUAUCAUAUUUUAAUGCAUUCUGUGGAAUCCUUUGAAAACAUUCCUUCUAACACAAGCUGUGUACACACUAUACAGUACAUUGGGAGCACAUUCUUUCCCUCAGUGAAUUCUGGGCACUGUAGUUCCCCUCAUAGAGUUACAAUUCCUAGCAGCCCUUUGUAAACUACAGUGCCCAGAAACCUUUGCAAAGUCCAGCAGUAGUAAUGAAAGACAACACAAUGUUGCUGCUAGCGUUCUGGGGGAAGCAAUUACCAGAUUAACUCCCUUGAUGUUCUUUUAAUCCUCAUCUGUGCCUGUUGCUUGCAGACCAACUGUAGCCUGGUAGGUUGCUCAGACUAUUUAGGAAGCUUCCUAGAAACAUUGGUAGAUUUGGGAUCAGAUGUUCAUGUAUUUUGGGAGAAAGUCUCUAGGCUAGCACUGCUUGUCAGACUUGCUUUUGUUGUUGCUGUUGGGAAGCCACUUGGAUUACCUCAGCCUUUGCCAAUCUAGUGACCUCCAGAAAUUUUGGACUGCAGCUCUCAUCAGCACCAGUCAGUAUGGUCCAGGAUGAUGGAAGUUGUAGUCCAGAGCUUCUGGAGGGCAUCUUGUAGGCAAAGGCUGGUCUGCCUGGUUACUCAGCCUUAGAAUGUUGGAAACAUUCUUGCAUAGAGUUUUGGUCCAGGUUUGACUGUCCAUUGAAGUCCCCAGUAGUGCUGCACUGUCCCAAGGUAUUUUGCUGCCUAAAGCAGAGCUCAGAUGUCUCCACCAGCAUUUUCCCUAGGGCUAAUCCAUUUAAAUGUGUUGGUGAAUUUUUUAAACACCACUUUCUACUUUUCUUUGUGCACCCCAUCUAAACCAGAUCGCUUCACCUUGCUAGUCAGCAGGACUGGCAUUGGUUCCUAGAGUAUCCUAUCCUAUAAUGCAGGUUUUAGGAAACUUUGAACCUCCACAUGUUGCCAGACUACAACUCCCAUCAUCUCUGUCCAUUGGCCAUGCUGGCCGGUUGAUUAGAGUUGUAGUUCAGCAACAUCUAGUGCACAAUCAGCUGAGGAGCUGCAUGUGGCCCCUAACCUCAUUUUAUACACCCUCUAAUGCUUCUCAAAGGUGCCCCAUUCUUCCAUCAUUGGAUCAGUUACUGUUUGUUUCCUCCUUGUUUUUUCUUGGUUUUGAAAGUGUUUUUUCCUCUCCUCUUUUUGUAUAGUUUCAGAAGAACUGGAAUGCGCUGUAUUGUGUUUGAUCAAAAUUAAUUUAUUCCUUUUUUAAAAAAUUGCUGAUUGUAUGGGUUAGGAAAAGUAAGUUGACAACAAAUUGGAAGGCUUUUGGCACGUGUGUUCUCAUAGCUAGGGGUGUGGGAGAAGUUCAGGUCACUUCAUAUUUUCAGGUGUGCAUAUCAAAUUUGCACUUUCCAGAACAAUAUAUAAACCAAACCACAGCCAUCCUUUGAAACUUGUAAUACAGUUGUCCAGCUACGUAAUGUGUUACAAAAAUGAAUAUAUUUCUGUGAGGGUACAUAAAAAGGCAUAUUUCUGUGAAAAUAACAUGCAAAAUGCAUUCUCUCAGUAUAUUAGGGAGAAUGCUUUGCAAAAAUAUGUUUAUUAGGUAAAAAUGCAUUAAAAAUGUAUCGAGAGAAAUUCACAAUAACAUGUUGAUGAAUUUUCAUGUGAAUUUCAUGAGAAAUUGUUGCAGAAAUGUGGACAACUGAAUUUUAAGGUUGGAAAAAGGAGAGAACCAAAAUUGGCAGAGCCAUCCAUCUUUGCCUGUAGCACAAUCAAUUCAGAAAGGGAUUACUUCAGAAAAGGAUGAAGCCUACCACAUUUCAGAAUGGUAGCAGCCGGGUUCUCCUACAAAGGUAGAUUUUACCAUUUUGUGGUUGGUACAAUAGGCAUGCGGGGCAGUGGAGAAGAAAAGAACAUGGAUUCCCACGAAAGGCUGAGGUGGGAUAAAGAUCACCCCCAACAAUUACCCUGUCACUUCAAGAGCUGUAGAUGGGUAUGGACUUAUAUUCCCCACUAUCGAUUUUUGGGGAAACAGCUUUUCCCUACAAGAGAAGUUUCUCCAUUGACACCCAUAACGAAAUAGAUCCUUGUGAAAGGCACACAUGGUUUUUAAUUCCUCCCCCAAAUCACUGGAAUUGGAGUGACAUGCGAAAAUAAUUCACUAUGGUUAGAAGCUAACUCUAACUCUAAACCAGGCACCCCCAAACUCGGACCUCCAGAUGUUUUGGGACUACAACUCCCAUCAUCCCUGACCACUGGUCCUGUUAGCUAGGGAUGAUGGGAGUUGUAGUCACAAAACAUCUGGAGGGCCGAGUUUGGGGAUGCCUGCUCUAAACCUUAGGCAAAAGGGAAAGGAGGCAGAUUGGGAGCCAACUCCUAGGAACUCCCUUUACCUCCCCCAUAAAAGCUGAUAGGCAUUGCCAUUCAAGUGGUGUGUGCAUCCACCAAGUAUUCUGAUUAAUUAUGUGGGGCAGGAUUUACCUGCCCCCCCCAUUUUUAUAUUCAGGUUGGUACCCCUACUUAAAGCUGCUUACUUAAAGCAGUUGUUAUCAAUAAAAUGUGCACUUAUGUGCUCAGGACAGCAAAUCAUUUCCUUGUGCAAUUUAGGGAGAUGUCUCUCUGGAUAAUAAUGCCAUUGGAUCAUAUUCAGAGCCAAUUUAAAAGAGUGUUGCAUUAUGCAUCACAAUUAGCAUGCUCAAAUCUGCUUCAAAGAAAGAUCAGAGCUAAUCUACUAAAAGCUUAUCCCUGGUAAGGGUUUCAAAAGCAAUGCUGGGAUGCCUUCUGCUGUGGAAUGCUUAUUGGAAGAGAUACUCAAUUUCAAAUAUAAUAUGCUUCUAGUGACUUAAAUUCAGUCAAUGGAAAUUUUCCAUUUGAUUUACCUACAUGGGAGGAUAUUAACUUCAUUUAUUUAAAUGAUCAUGAAUGUAUAGGUCAGGAUGGCCCACUUUUCAUACCGAGUGGGCUGCAAUAGUACUUUGGCAUGGAACCCAUGGGCUGCACACUGCUUUGUAUCGCAGGGCGGGGGGGGGGGGGGCAAGGCUAAAAUUUGACACACACACCAGCCCUUGCAAAGCCUACUGCACCAGGCAUUGAGAAGGAGACAUGAGACUCUGGCAGGUCCAAGAGCCCUCCCACCUCCUUCCCAAAGCUGGGGAAAUGCUAACUAGGCUUUGGGAAGGAGGCAGAAGGACUCUAGGACCCUGUCAGCGCCCUCAUGCCUCCCUCCUAAAGCCUGGCAUCUCAUUUUACCCGGCAACAAAUAUUGCCAAAAAGGCGCAGCCCUCCGGCUAUAUGGAGGUAUUCUUGCACCAAUUUGUUUUAAUGAUUAUACAAUAAGCCUGAUUCAUCUUCUGCUUAGAACACUUGCACUACCCACAAAUUUAUGCCAGACAGCACCUUCAAACAUACCUUAGUUAAGCAGAUGAAAGAAAAACUGUGUACAGCCUUUCAUAUGGUAGAACCAGUUAAGUGUUUUUCACAUGUCUCACCAUAUAGCAGAGUGGCUAACCUAUGACACUCCAGAUUGCAUUGGAUUACAACUCCCAUGAUUGCUGACCACUGGUUAUGGUGGUUGGAACUGAUGGGAAGUAGAUCCCAAAAACUGUUCUCUACCACUGCCGCACAAAAUUUUUCCAUGUUGUUGCAGAUGAAGUUAUACAUGCAGCAUGCUUGCUUUCUGUGCUGUAGGGAGCCUGUGAUAUUACCAGACUCCAGCUCCCAUCAUCAUCAGCCAGAAGUGGUCAGGAAUUAUGGGAGUUAUGUCCCAGGAAUAUCUGAAUGCCCACAGGUCUCUCACCCCCUCCAGUGCCUUAAAAGAGCUAUUAUUUCAAAUAUUGCAAAAUAAGACUGCUGAGAAUGUGGUUAGACACUUUCAUUUCAAAAGUACAACUUACACACAAACACGAUGACGUUUGGCAAAUGAACCAUUGACAUAUACUCCACUCUCAGAUCACCCUCAACUUGCCUGAGGGCAAAUAAAGAAAACAUUCCAGUCAAAGUGUGUACCUUGCCACAUUUGAGGUGCUUAAAACUCACUGGGACAGCCACAUGGCACUUAGGAAGGCCAUGAAGCCCUGAGCCAAAGCUGCCAUGGGAAGCUGCAGCCAGAUGGACAGUGUACCAAUACAAUCCCCAUUUUGUCCUGUUUGCUUACAACACCACUUACAAGCACCAGUAACAAAGGCUUUGUCCAAAGCAAAACGUGCAGAGCAGGGGCAGGGCACCAUGUUCAGCUCAAGCAGCACCUUCUGAGAGACAGCUUUCCAGUCAUAGGCGCAGCCAGAGGCCCCAAAGUACAGACCAACAACUGAGAAUUUUACCUUGAUACAUUAGGUUUCUUCCCAAUGAGGCUGUGUACGCACCAUGCCUUUAAAUGCAUGCCGAAUAAUAUUGAGAACUAUGAUUGCCCUCAGAGCCACAAUUCCCAGCACCCUUAACAAACUACAGUUCCCAGGAGUCUUGGUGGGGAUAUGCUUUGAAUAUGCUUUAAAGGUAUAGUGUGUAGACAGCCAGGGUUGUAGCUAGGUGGGUGCAGCUGGGGCGAUUGCCCCGGACGCAUUUUGGGCGGGGGACAUGCUUCUCAUGCCACCUUCCCCAAGCCAGCCCUGUGUGUGUUUGUGAGGGUGGAUCUGAUCAGAUCCCAGCCUCGCAAAGCUGCUCGGGGAGGGCAGCAAGAGAAGGACCCCAGCCUUGCCAAGGCUGGGAUCGAAGGGUGUGUGUCUGUUGUGUUCUUCUCACUCGUCCUCCCCGGGUGGCUUCGCGAGGAGUGUUUACAUGGUGGGGCACAGAGGGCAAAUGGAGCCCACUGCACCAGGCCAGCUCUCACCACUGAAGCGAGCCGCAGCUCCAUUUGCCCUCCAUACCACGCACCUUUCGAUACUGGGAUUGAAGGAUGCAUAGCUGUUGCACGUUUCUCAUUCUGCCCUUCCCUGAGCUCUCUGGCUAGUCAGGCUCCUUCGCCCUCCUUCACCUGUCCCAGGCACCAUGGGAACAUGCUCUGCCGCUGUUCACAGCCUGACACGACUUCCCUAUCCUCCAUCCAGGAAAGCAAGAAGCAGUAUCAGAGUACAGUAAUUAGUGACAGCCUAGCCGCCCACAGUGAUGUAUGAUGUUAAACCACAAGAAGAAGCAGCCACUAUAUGUUCAAAAAACUAGAACAAUCUUAUCAGUGUAAUCUUAAGCAUGUCUACUUGGAAACAAGUCCAAACUGAAUUCAAUUAAACUUACUCCAAUGCAAAUGUGUACACGUCAGGACUUGAGUCAGGUGUAGAUCAGCAGCAUAAACAAAGCACCCAAGGCCAGUGAAGUUAAUUUUCCUUGGUCUGGCCCCAGUGAAGCUGUUGUGAGGUCUGAAGGUCCCCGCCUUCCCACCACUCUCUAAGGCUCCUCCCCUCCAGAGUUUUCCCCACACAUUGUCAAACUGCGCUCACAACUGUUUUCUGUUCUUUUCAUUUCUCUGUGCAUUCUUGGAACCCAGGGGACGGAGACUCCUUGGAUUCUUCAGCAGCCUCUUGACCCCGCCCCCCCGCCUCUGCUUCAGCCUCAAAGUCUGAACUGCACUCUGCCACAGCUUCUUCAUGUUCACUAAACCCUGUCACCUCUCCUGCAGCUGAUACCUCCUCCUCCCAGUCAGCUCCUUCUCCCUCUGACCACUCAUCGUUGUCCCACCACUAAUCCCCAGCCUCUGAGCCUUCCUCCCCUUGGUGUUCCCUAGGGUGUUUCCCGGCUGCUGCCUCCCACCACUCCUCUGCAUCCAUCCAGUCCAUGACAGUACAGAAUUACAUUCUAAACCAGCAAUGCAUCUCUUAAUAUAUUCUUAAAUGGACCUUCACCCUCCCCCAUCCAUUCAAAUCUUAGUCACUUGAUGGUCAGUCAUGUGUUUCUAUCUUGCUGACUUUGGGUGGAAAGCAGUGAGUCACCAUUUGUACUUAGUUGUUUAUUAGUAUGCACGGCAUAUCUCUGCCCUGUAAUGUGGCAAAUUGUUCGAUGUAGUUUAUAUUAAAUAUUUUAAAAGUGCAUAAUGUGCAAAAAAAAGGCUGCUAUUAAAUAUCUAAGCUCUAGGCCCACACUUUUAUAGAGAAUGAAUGGUACAUGAGUAGAAUCACAUCUACCCAGUGUUUGCUCUUUCGUGAAAGUAAGUCUGAGUUAAAUAUUUUAGGGCCUACUUCUAAGUAAACCUGGUUAGAAUCAGAUAACAAUAUGGAAGCAUGAUCAGAUGCAGAUAGUCUGUGGGAGCUCACUAAAAGACUUCAAAAUGUAAUAAGGAAAACACAUUAUGUUAGAUGAUGAUCAGGAUCUUUCACUUUUUAUUAAUCAAUAACAGCCAUGGGUGGGAGGGAACUUGAGGAUCCCAUCCUUUCCCUUUGUGGAGCAAAUAACAACUGGAUGGGAUGGGUCUCAUUUAGUUUGACCAAGUACAUAAUUUUUUAAGGCAUUGUUCCCUUCAAUAUUAGAACUGCCAUCAAUAUUACUAGUCUAUGGAAUUCAUACAAUAUCCAACUGAUAUAAAUGCACCCUCCCCCAAUUAAUUUUAAUGGUUCAGUACACGCAUGAUGUGCUAUAAGGAUUAAUCAGCUUUACAAGAGCAGGACAGUUUUAUGAAUAAGUGAGCUCUUUUAUUAAAUGGAAGUUUAUAUGCACAAUAAAUCCCUUUAACACAGGAUGCCUACAAAGCAAUCCAGAUUUCCCUUAUCUCACUCAGGUUAAUUUGGAGCAAUCCUUGUCAGCUUUGUAGCUCUGUUCUUAAACCCAUUCUUCCAUAUAAUAUUUCUCGCUCUACUGCUUAAACAAACAUAGUGACUGAUUUAUAUUAAAGACGCUCAGAAAUAGGCCGGUGGUUAAGAUACUGACAGUCACUGACUUCCCAGUCUUGAAAAGACAAUGAAGUAAUAAAAUCCAAAGAUGUUAUUUCAGAAAUGGUAAUUCUACAAGUAUAGAAGUAAUUCUGCCGGGGGGCGCGGGGAUUGAACCAUAACAUUCUAACAUCAAGAAACAUAUGAAAGGUAGGCAUGAAAGCCAAAUUGUUUUGAAAAUAAAAAAGCUUCCUGGCCGAAGUAAGAUAUUUUGUAUCCAGUUACAGCAUUUUAACCCAGUACAGUGGUGCCUUGGUUUAUAAUCCAUUCCGGAAGUCCGUUCUUAAACCGAAACCAUUCUUAAACCGAGGUGUGCUUUCCCUAAUGAGGCUUCCCACCGCCGAUGCCCUUCCACCUUUCGGCUUCUGUUUUUAGACCGAGGUAAAGUUCGCAAACCAGGACACUACUUCCAGUUUUGUGGAAUUCAUAAACUGAAUAGGUCGUAAACAGGGCUGUUCUUAAACCCUAUAUCCACUGUAUCCCUGAAGUACCGUAUUUUUCGCCCCAUAGGACGCACCGCCCUAUAGGACGCACCUAGUUUUUUGGGGGGGGAAAUAAAGAAAAAAAAAUUAUUUCCCCCCCAGGCACGGGGCUGGUGCGGGGGAAGCCCGAGCUUCCCCCGACCCCAGAAGAGCCUGCUAUCCGCAAGCCUAGGGAGCCACGCCGGUGUACCCAGGCUUGUGGACAGCUGUGCAAAGCCCGGGCGUGCUGAGGCUUCCUAAUGCAGGCAGCUCUGUGCAACCCUUCGGAGCCCGGCGCGGCUUGGCGCCGGGCUCCGGAGGGUUGCGCAGAGCUGCGCGGACCCCGGGAGGGCAGGCAGCUCUGCGCGACCCUCCGGAGGCCAGUGCGGCUUGGCGCCGGGCUCCGGAGGGUUGCGCAGAGCUUCCUGAAGCCUGGAGAGCGAGAGCCUCUCGCUCUCCAGGCUUCAGCGAAAGCCUGUAUUCGCCCCAUAGGACGCACCCACAUUUCCCCUUCAUUUUUGGAGGGGAAAAAGUGCGUCCUCUAGGGCGAAAAAUACAGUAUUUUAAAGUAGCUAGACUCCCUUUUUCCUAUUUGCACCUGUGUUUUUAAAUGAAACUGGAAGCAGUUGUAAUCUCAUGUACAGUUAGCACGUUCCACUGAAUUCCAUGUGCCUUUUUUCAGAGUAUGUGCAUAGAAUCGGACUGUAAAUGUCUUUUGCAUGGCAGACAAAAAAUAAUGUGGGAAAAUAUUAAUUGUGAGUAAUAUGCAUAGGUACAUAGGAUACUUCUUAGUAAGCUUUAACUGGCUUCCUUUCAUCAGCAUAUUUUAACAGAGCACAGGUUCUUUGAAGCUUGCUCUCUGUUUUAUGGAGUUGUGUUAACUCAGGAUAUUUCAGGUCAACAUUCCAGUCUUUGGGAAGGGCCUAUAAUAACAUGCGUUCUGAACAUCUGUCUUUUUAAGGGACUUAUCAAGAAAAUAUUUUAAAAUACUACACUUUCCAUUCUGAAUGUGUUUCUUGUAAGUCUCACUGAUUUGAGGAUUUACCCCCCCCCCUUAUUUUUGAGGGAAUGUGCUUAAGAUCACAAAUGUGAUAAAGCGGUAAAUCCUAGCAUGUAAUGCAAACAAUCAGGUUGUGGAAUUACCUCCCCUCUGAGAUGCAUCUUAUAUGCUUUUCAAUGAUUGGUCAAUAUGUGUUUCCUUAUCCAGGCCUUUUGCUGAAUUGAAGUAUUCCCUUCUCCUGUGUUCAUAAGCACUGCUGCCCUGUUAUUUUGUCACUGGUUUCGCUAUUUCAUCUUUUUAAUGUAAAUUACAUUUCUUUUAAUUGUGACAUUUUUGUAACCUAUCCUGGGAUGAAAUACAGACUGAGAGUACAGUAUAAUAAAAAAAAAAAUUUCAAUAGCCUGAUAAUGAAGCCUCUCUAUUUUCCUAUACUUGGAAACACUUGUUUCUUUUUCCUACAUUAGAAUAGGAAAAACUGUGGUAAGGAUGUCAUACAAAGACCAAGAGAACUAAAGUUCAAAUUCCUCCCUCCUAUCUAAACUUUCUCUCAGUUUAACUAAUCUUCACAACAAUCCUGGGAGGUUGAAUCCUGGGAGUGCGGAGGACCAUGCAUACCCCACACCCUGAACUCCUCGAAAGAAGGGCAGCGUAAAAAUGUAAUAAAUAAAUAGUGGACAUUUCUAAAAUAUCCCUACAUGAUCUCCCUGUACUAAAGGAACUGAAAGGCAAGAGCUGAUAGGGCUUUGCAGGUUUUUUAUUAAACAUGAAAACAGAGUGCAAUGGUCUUCAGUUGAGUGUAAGGACUAGCAUAAGAAGCAGGAUGCAUUCUCCCUUGUUAUCCAAUUGGGAAAGUGAGCAAGGAGUGGGGAACAGAAUGGGAGAGUAUUAUAACAAGAAGUAUGCUUUCUUAAGGGUUCUGAUCAUAGUGCUUAAUCUGCUCCAGUGCAUGCCUUUUGAAAGGCUGAAGCUCCAUUGAGCAUUGCUAUUUAUUUCGAUAGAAGUCUUGCAGACUUCAGUGGGGCUUCUGGCCUGGCAAAUGUGCAUAGGAACGCACUCCUACACCUGUGUUCAAAGCAAUGUAAAGGCAUUUCAUGAGAGUAGAUACCGCACCACUAACUUCAAGGGAAGUAAUAGUGCCACUGUAUUCUGCUCUGGUCAGACCUCACCUGGAGUACUGUGUCCAGUUCUGGGCACCACAGUUCAAGAAGGACACUGACAAACUGGAACGUGUCCAGAGGAGGGCAACCAAAAUGGUCAAAGGCCUGGAAACGAUGCCUUAUGAGGAACGGCUAAGGGAGCUGGGCAUGUUUAGCCUGGAGAAGAGGAGGUUAAGGGGUGAUAUGAUAGCCAUGUUCAAAUAUAUAAAAGGAUGUCACCUAGAGGAGGGAGAAAGGUUGUUUUCUGCUGCUCCAGAGAAGCGGACACGGAGCAAUGGAUCCAAACUACAAGAAAGAAGAUUCCACCUAAACAUUAGGAAGAACUUCCUGACAGUAAGAGCUGUUCGACAGUGGAAUUUGCUGCCAAGGAGUGUGGUGGAGUCUCCUUCUUUGGAGGUCUUUAAGCAGAGGCUUGACAACCAUAUGUCAGGAGUGCUCUGAUGGUGUUUCCUGCUUGGCAGGGGGUUGGACUCGAUGGCCCUUGUGGUCUCUUCCAACUCUAUGAUUCUAUGAUUCUAUGAACUCACAGUCAGUUUGAGUUAUAUCCAAUGUUAUACAUACUUAAUUCCACUGAUUUCAGUGGGUCUAUUUUGGGUAUGUGACUUAGUCUCGUUAGUACUAUGCACACUAUGUUAGUGUACUAUUCCCUUCAAGUCUCAGAGUUCCCUCGGAAGAAGGACUGGUAGUUAAACCAUUCUGAAAAUUGUAGCUCUGUGAUGGGCACAGCAGUCUCUUGACAACUCUCAGCAUGCUAAACAAACUACAGCCCCCAGGAGUCUUUGGGGGAAGCCAUGUCUGAUUAAAGUAGCAUGAUGCUACUUGAAACGUAAAGUGCCAUGGUUGAUUAUCACUUAUUAUUUGCAUUAAAUUUAGUUUGCUGUGAUUUCUGAGGACUUCAUCAAGGUUAUGGAUCUUAACCACAUCUUCUGAAAGCUCAUUCAAAAUCAAUGGGAGUUCCAGGAUAUAUGUUGAAAAAUAGGAGAGUAAUAUUUAUAGAUAUUAAUUUCUGAAUGCCUUAAAAAGUUAGAAGAUGUUCAGAACACAUGAGAUGACAUGCUUACUAUUUAAUACUUUCUUUUGCUUAAGGUUUUAAUCCCACAUUUCCACCACAAUGACUUUCAGGUUGGCUUGCAAAUUCUCCUGUCUAAACUAUUAACUUUAAAACGGUUCAAGUAAACAAGCUUAAGAACUGAUAAAUGACACACAAAAUAAGCCAGUAGAUUAAUUGCUAUUUAAAAGGACAGACAAAUAAAAACAGCAAAAGCAAAAACAAUAGCACUGUAUUAAUAAAAAAUGGUUCUGAAGACUUAAGCUGCAGUCUUGAGAGCUAAGCUUACCUGCAUAUUUUGUAAGCGGUGUGUCAAGGAUGCAGGGUUAUCUGGAAAUUAUAAAAAUGCUUUGGAAAAGCAGAACCUCGUCUCCUACCCCAUCUUGAAGUCUUUAAACCACACCUCAUCCCGAUAAUUAAAAUACACUCCCUAGUAAUUUUCUUGUCUGCAAUUCAUGUAUACCUCUCUGAAAUACACUUUUUAUUGGCUGUUUUGCUGACACUGUGAUAUACUAUUUUGUCAUAUUCUUGCUGAGGUUGACAAACUGGCAUGAUCUGCUGUCAUAUGGAGCCUCUGCUCUUGGUGCUAAACCAUGUUUUCUAUUCCCAGAAAUAAUAUUUGGAGAUAUCAGUCCCACACUCAUGGUUUUCUUUAUUUUCAGUUUUCUGCUGAAGCCGUGAUUCCUUCCUACAUAUAAUACAGCUUUUCCUGAGGCUCAGCAUAAAUUAAAUGAUGAGUAGGGUUUAUUUCUAGCAUUUGUCACGUCAAUCAGUUUAUUUAUUUCUAUCCUGCUUUUUUGCAAUACAGCCGCACUCAGUGUUGCUGCAUUUUACAACAAAUGAAAGCACAUCAUAGCUAAAGUAAAAACUGCAUCCUAUCUAAAGCAGUGGCACACAUGUGACACUAUACUUAGGAUUUGCCUGGAAGACCAGUUUGUUAAAAAUACCUUGAUUAGAGUGCUGAGGAGGACAAACAACCCAAGCACAUAACUCCCAUACUUAAAAACUUGUAUCAGCUACCAAUAUGCAACUUCAAGGUUUGUGUAUUAAUUUAUGUAUUACUGAUUUUGGCCCAAGAUCCCUUAAGGACCACCUUAUGCUUCUAUCCCUGUCCCAUCAUUGAGGUAUUAUGGGGAGUUUACAUUAGUGGCUCCCCAGGGCUCAGUCACAUGGCUUGAAUCUACCAGGAGCUGUGCAUUCAGUAUUGUGGGCCCAAUUCUGUGAAACUUAAAUGUUUAAGUAAUUGUAAUGGAGGGAUGUGGGGUUUUUUGUAGCCUCGUUGCAUAUUGCUUAGAGACUAUGGUAUCAAGCACUAUAUAAAUAGUUGAAAUAUUGCUCUAAAGUAGUGUUUCAAACAAAUCCAGUAACUAUUUCAUAGCAACCACUCAACAUCCAUCAAUACAAUAAUUCAAAUAUAAAUGCUAACUCAAUAAUUAGUAAUAUUACCAAUACAAAUAGUGCAUAAUAUAACUGCAACGUUUCAAAGCCAUUCGUUUCAUAACUGCAAUAUAAUUCAGUUCAAUAACAACUACCAUGGCAAAAAUAAAUAAAAACCUUAUAGGUUUUCUUAUCAAGUAAGCAAUAUGCAAAUGUUGUUAAAUAAAUAAAACAUUGCUUCUACAAUAAUUUCCACAGAGCACAAUAAAAUAUAGAGUGCACAAUAACAGAGUGCAGUACAAAUAAAUAUUCAACACUCCAAAUCAUAGGGAGUCCAGGGGAGAUAACCUUGACAGCCGUAUAAACUUAGCUUUAAGCAGCAAUUCAUAAAAGGAAUAAAUUCCCAUUCAAAAUGCCUUCCUCCUAUCCUCUGCUAUUAUAAUUGGAAGUCUUAUAUUCUGUACCAAGAGGGGGAAAUCAUAGUACAAGUGAAGGCCUUGCCUCUCAUCUGCAGUACCAUACCAUUUAUCCCUCAUUCACACCUUGACCCUUCUCCUUUUCUUAUUUUCUUUCACCGGAGGGGCUCAAGGGAAAAUCCCCUCCCAGCACACUUGUCACCUCACACCCAGUUACCCUGGCAACUUUCCAAAUCCCCAGUCUCUGUUCACACCUCAAGAGGUGCUCUUGCAUUGCCAAUGACCCUCAAUGGUCCUAUGACCAGGUCGUUGUUUUUUUUGGAUAGGCUAGCUCAGGAAUUCCUCUGCAGUAUUUCUCCCUUCAUAUCCCAAAUAAUCAAAAUCCUACCGUUUAUUAAUUUCUAGGGUUUAGCCGCCACCCCCCAAAACCCCAUGACACCAUAUUUGUCCACCAUUAUUGCCAUAGACAUGAAAGAGUGAAGGUUAUAAGGCAUAUUUUGAAUUUUGGGAGAGUGCUGGGGGCACCAGUCACAAAAUAGAUGCCAUGGGGGACGCAGCAUAAUACAAAAUUAGAAAGUGUACAGCCAUGGUGAAGCUUUCCUAAUAUUUGCCAUAAUAGCAAAUACUUAACCUGUUGAAUUUCUGCCAGCUAUACUGCUGUUACAAAGCACACAAACCUUGUUUUUCUCCAUAAACCAUAAGCUGCUAUCCUGUACCCACUUACCUGGGAGUAACCCCAUGAAACACAAAGAAACUUACCUCUGAGUAGACAUACUAAUUAUUUUAAUAAAAGUGCAAGUUCAAAUUCUAUACAGAAGGUAGGCACUGUUGAGUCGCAUUGAGUUACUCACUGGUAAGUAAGUACAGGAUUGUCAAUUUUCUUAGAUAUGAUACAUGAUCUUGCACAUUAUGUUAGAUCACACAGAUAAUCUAAAGAUUCCGAAAUACAAAUAAAACCAAGACAUACAAAGCUUUUUCAUAUUUGAGGGGGGAGCAGGAAAGGCAAUCCUUUACCAUACAAUUGCUUGGGAGAGUCUCAUUGAUUUCAGUGGAGCCUAAGCAGACAGAGGACUAAUAGGGCAGGGCUGUAAGAAAAUGAGAGCAUGAAAUAAAUUUGAUUCCUGCUUGUGGAGGAAGCGGGGGUUUUUCUUGUUUGGUGGGGGGACUAAUUCCAGGUGUCAUCUGCAGGUCCUUCCAUGUCUUUUUUCAGUGUGCUUUCAUGAUUAUUUGUGCUCAUGAUGUUAUGGGGUGGCUACAUGCAAUCCUGCUUUCAAUUACUCGUAGCAACUGCAAAGAUUUCGGGGUGGACAUACUGCUUUGUUCUUAAUCAGUGUAAGUCCCGUAACCUCCUGCAGAAAUCUCGCAACUUUUUGUACUACAAAUGUUCCAGUUUGUUUGUUUUUUGUCCUGCUACUGUUGUGCUAUAGUGCAAGAGUGGCCCUCAAGAUGGCAACAAUUCAAUGGUACUGGGGAAGCAUCACAGAACAGCUAAUAAAACUGAUGUCUCAGGGCCUUUUCUGCAGCUGUGUUGCAGACAACAUGUCUCCGGACGCUUCCAGACUACGGUCGCACCUUGGUUGUCAAACGCCUUGGUACCCGUACAUUUCAGCUCCCAAAUGAUCGAAACCGGGAAGUGAGUUUUCCAGUUUUUGAAGUUUUUUUGGAAGCCGAACAUCCGAUAUGGCUUCUGCUAUUGUUUCUGGCAUGCCUGCGCAAUCAGAAGCUGCGCCUUGGUUUCCAAACAUUUCGGAAGUUGAACGGAGUUCCUGUUCGAAAACCAAGGUAUGACUGUAUUGGCAUUUUGAGGUGUGAAUCAACCAUAGUCUGGCAAAUUCAGCAUGCACAAUUAAAGCCAACUUCGAGCUCUUGCGCAGCAACUAUGCUUCUCCCCAAAAUUAUCGUUUUUCGGAUAAGGAAAGUGAUGAGAAAAUGCAGUGGAAAGUGCAGGACAAUGCUUGUGUUGACAGCACGUCCUCUAGCCUCUUCACGAAAAGCUCCAACAGCCAACGUUGUCUACGCUCCCCUUGUGAAGAAAUCGGGUUGAACGCUCAAUAAGCGUUUCUGCAAACGUCCAUUGGUGAAUUGUCCACAUGGCUGAUGUGGGCAAGAAGCAGCUGUUGGCACUGCAGGAGUUCAAAGCACGGGGAGGGGGGUCGUUGGCGGAUGUAAUUACUCGUGCCUGUAGCAAGGGCAGGAAAAAGCGAAGCUCAGCCGCCCACGCCGAAGCUUCUCGCGGUUGCCUCCACGCCCCUGGUCACGGGGCAGUAAAAGGGAGGUUCGCCUUCAACCCUCAAGCAGUUGCACAUGCGCGCUAGAAGACAACUAAUCGCGCUAGAGGCUUCAGAGAUUGAUAGAGACGAGCGAGCUAAGGGAUAGAGAUAAGAACACGUGGCGAGCUCGAGGACAAAGAGAUAGAAAAAGCUUAGAGUGACAAUAGGUUUUUGUUUUGUUUUUUGCCUAGAGAUAGAACUUCCUGGUUCAUUUCGAUCCCCCCCCCCCCACCCGCUUUCCUCCUCCUGGGGCAAAACUGCCGUUCGUUUGUUAACUAUGCUGAUGCGGCAAAGUGAAGAGGGUUAGUGCCUUACGACCAGCCUGGAAUUUAAUCCACCGGCAAUAUUUCUGGUUAAAAGCAGUACCAAGGCUAGUUUGAAUUUCCAAAUGCGGACACAGCAAAGACAUGUCCGCUUAAUCCUUCCCAGCUAAAAUCGGAGUUUUACUGUAUUUGUAUGCACAGGCCUCGAGCUUCCGCUAGCACGUCGGAUUCCCCUCCCCCCCCCAACAAUGCAUUAAUCCUAGGCGGAUCCACGCGGAAGGAAGUCCCACUGACUUAAAGGGUCAGUAAGUGGGUGCAAAGUAAGUGGGUGCAGGAUUGGUUUAUGUAAGGAUACAGCUAAGCACAAAGCUAAGCUCGCUCCUGGAUUUGCCCACUGCUUUCUGCGAGCGGCGGGUAGAGAAUGCCAGUCCAGUGCCAACCCGGAACCUUGAAAACAUGUAUCAGUCUAUCAGUUGUCAGUCUACGGUCACUGGUUUCAAGCUCCAAAGCGUCCUUUGCGCGGGGCGGGGGGCGCUGUUCUGAGGCGGCCAUGGGACUUCCAAGCGCCGCGGCCGCCGCCGCUGCUGUUCUGCGUCUUGGCAGCGCGCGGGUGAGGAAGAUGCGGCGGUUCCCACACCCCCAGCGCGGUCAGCAGAAGGCAGGGAGGCCCCGGCGGUGCUGAGGUGCGUAGAAAGCCCCGGAGGAGCACCCCUGUCCGGGCUUAGAAGCUCCCGCGGCUCCUUUCCGACGUGUCCGGUUUUCGCGCAAGGUUGAGGUCCUCGCCCCUUCCUUGUUUGUAAUGCGUGUAGACGGGCUGAAAGCGCUUGCCCUGCACGGCCUCAAAGUCUUAGGGGUUUGCUGAGUCCUGGCCGGCGGUCUGAAAACACGAAACGUGACAACUGUGCUUGGAGGGGAGACCACCAGGGAGCCUCCCGUGUAAGCAGCCUUGGGUUCUAGGAUGGAGAAAGGCGGGGUAUAAAAGCAUUAAGUACAUAGCCACGUCACCUUUUUAGUUGUCACAGAAGAGUAGGUGGGCUAUUGUUUGUUUCGCUACCUUUCUAUCCCAAAUUUUCCUCCAAGGGUUGGACUAGAUUGCCUUUGGGGGUCUCCUCCAACUCUACAGUUCGGUGAUUCCCCCCUUUUUCUCUAAGGAGCUCAAGGUGGCCUACAUACUUUUCCUCAGUGCUAUUUUUCUAGAAAAAGAGUGCGAGAGUUCACCGUGAAUUUCUCCCUUGUUUUCUUAGAAUGGCAAUGGUGCCCACCUGAGAGGUGCUGGAGUUGAGCUCCAGCUGGAAAAAAAGCCCUGCUUGUCCUCACAACAAUCCUGUGAGGCAGGUUGGGUUGAGUAUGAGUGACUGGCCCAAUGUCACCCUGUGAGCUUCAUGGCUGAUUUGGAGAUUUGAGCUGUGGACUCCCAGGACUUAUUCUUGCACUCUAACCACUACACUACACUGCCUCUCACUAUACCACACUGGCUCCAGAGCCAGAAAAGGAGAGACAGGUAAAGGAGGUCAUUUCAGGCUCCUCCAGGCAGAUUCUCCUCCACCCCCACGCCUGUAUAGGGCUUGGAACCACAUACUGUCCCACGGGGCCAGUAUUUCUGAAUUGUUAUGUGUUGUUAUUUUAUGUAAAUCAUUUACUUGUGAGAUCCCUUGGAAGGAUUUGUACCCCAAAAGGUGGCAUGCAAAUCAAUGAAAUAAAUCAACACAAAGCGUGGAGUAUACUCCAUGUUUAUGCCACAAUAAUCUGAUUAAAGCGACACUAGAUUUGUGGUUUGAAACUGCUAGCUGUUAUGGUUCUCAGCAUACAAAGAGACAGUGGCAGUGAUGGGGCACCGUUGGCCCAACAGGGGUUCUAAUCCGGCCCAUAAUGUUGUUUCCCUAAGCCAUGCAACACCUACCAUCAUGUAAGACAUUAGGGCAUGAAGCAAGACACAGUUGUUGAGGAACAAUCAGGAGCUUUAAAAUAUCCUUGGCAGGCGGGGCUUGUAUUUAAUGCCUUUCAAAUGUAAGCCCCACUGGGAUUGGCUCCCCAGCUGCCAGUUGUAGUUCCUGCAGGGAGCCAAUCCCUGCUGAAAGUAGAGCUCGAAGUCAGCAUUGAUCAACUGAUUGGUAGUGACUUCAAGCCAUGCUAGCAUCAGCUGGGCUCUUCCUUUGCAAUGUGUUUUGCAGUCAAGGUGAGCUGCAAAGGGGAAACGGGUCACCUGAUGUCAUGGUGACACCAGGUGAUGGACAGGUGGUUGGCUGGCAGUAGGAGAAUUAAGGUUCUAGCCUUACAUUCUGAAAAGGUUCUUCUGCUCUGGAUUAUGGGAAUAAGGCUAUGUUCUAUCUUUGCUACUAGAGGCAAUAUGCCUCUGAAUACCAGAUGCUGGGAAUCACAAGUGGAGAGAGUGCUUGUGGCCUUCAUUCCCAAGGACACUUGGUUUACUACCAUGAGAACAUGAUGCUGGACUAGAUGGGCCUUUGGCCUCAUGUACAUUCCAGCCAUGUGAUAGAGAAUAGUCCAUCCAGGUAAGAAAGAGGCAUGAACACAAUUCAGGGGCACACUCUAAGCAAUUCAUUGAUUAGGCAUUCCAGUCCUAGUUACAUGGGUCUGUAGUAUGUUAUAAAGGUACUAACCUUCUGAUCCUGUUCUUUUUAAUGUCUGUGGAUGUUAUAUACGGAACAGUAUCUCCUUCAGCUUGUUCUUUGAAAAGGCAGUCCAGCACCCCUCCUUGAAUAAGUGCUCUAGCCCUCCAUUCCCUUGUACAGUGAUACCUCGGGUUACAUAUGCUUCAGGUUAGAGACUCUGCUAACCCAGAAAUAGUACCUCGGGUUAAGAACUUUGCCUGAGGAUGAGAACAGAAAUUGGUGGCGGCGCAGCGGCAGCGGGAGGCCCCAUUAGCUAAAGUGGUACCUCAGGUUAAGAAUGGACCUCCAGAACAAAUUAAGUUCUUAACCCAAGUUACCACUGUACUGUUAUUUGGAUGUCUGUAGUGUGCAAAGCGGAACAGAGCAAAUAAACCAAUCAAAUGUAGUGAUACUCUUGAUUCCAAAAUGUUUGGAUGUUUGGGAUGUGCUACUAGAGUAUGAGAGGAUUGGUUGCUAGACUACCAACCUAAGAAGAAUGCAGCAGAAAGGGCUAAACUCCAUAUGAGGGCUGAAGAGUGAAUUAACUUAUAUGCCCCACUUUAUCCAUUUUUAGUGCCAAUGCAUGAGUGUGUUCACUCUAUACAACUUCUCUUGCAAGUAUGCUCUGUUCCAAUGAUACUGUGUUUUUCUAACAAUGGGUGUCAUAUGCUUUGCAUUUUCCAAGAAUGGAACAUCCUCCAGAUACGGAAAGUGCAGGCAUUGUGAUUCCCGUGUUGACUGGUGUGUAUGAGCUCCAGUCACCUGUUUGGAUAUUUUAUGUGAGAGUAUUCGCAACACAGUGUUGUUCUCAUGCCUACCAUGUCAAUCUUGCAAACUUUUCAUUAAUACUUUUUCAUCUACAGUGGUGCCUCGCAAGACGAAAUUAAUCCGUUCCGCGAGAGUCUUCGUCUAGCAGUUUUUUCGUCUUGCGAAGCAACCCUAUUAGCGGCUUAACGGAUUAGCGCUAUUAGCGGUUUAGCGGCUAUUAAAGGCUUAAAGGUUUAGGGGAUUAGCUGCUAAAAGGCUAUUAAAGGCUAUUAAAGGCUUAGCAGAUUAGAUAAAGGGGGGGGGAAAGCGAAAAAAAAAUCUCUAGACUCAAAAGACAUUUUCGUCUUGCGAAGCAAGCCCAUAGGGAAAUUCGUCCUGCGAAGCAACUCAAAAACGGAAAACCCUUUCGUCUAGCGGGUUUUCCGUCUUGCGAGGCAUUCGUCUUGCGGGGCACCACUGUACUGUGUAACACUGUUGUGCAUUUAGUGAAGAAGCACUGGGGUUUUUUUUAAAAAAAGAAGAGAAGCAGGUCAUUGCCUUUCCUCUAUUUUAAAGCUCUACCUCAUCUCCUAAUCCAUUAUCUGGGUACAAAAUAGCAUGUUAUUGGCAUUUGAUUGCAUUUCUAGUAGCUUUGCACAGAAGAGGAAAGUGGAGUUUAAGUUGUUGGGCAUACUGCUGCCUGAUCAUGCUGCAACUCUCUCUCCAUACGAUUAUUGAGUAGCUGUUGGAGCUAUGAUAUGGAAAAAAUAUAAUAUCUCCCUCUGGCUCCUUACAAUGACUCUUUUUCAAAAUUCUGCUGCUUGCAGCAGAAGUUGCCUUGUUAACUAAGGACAUUUGAAUUGUUCAUUAGUCAGGCCUGUAGGAUUCUGUGCAGCAGGCCUUCACAUGCAGAUUUAUUUGUUAUUUAUUGGAUUUAUUUGUAUGUAUUGGAUGAGCCUCCAUGAGCUCAAACAAAAUGUUAGGCAUGCAUUCUCUUUCCUUUGUUCUACCCCGGCGUAACUGGGAAGAGGAUGCCUGCCACGAUUACUUUGCGUUUCAAAGAAUUUUGGCUUACCAUUGAAUUUGAAAUGGGAACCCAGGUAUAUAACCAACAAUGGGUACUUGACAAAGAAGCCAGCUUCAAACUGGCUUAUGAAGCUGGCUGAUUUAACUAUAGCUUCUUCUGCCUUUAUUGAAUGUGGAAGCUACCUUUUCCCAUAUUAUUUAAUUUGCACACUUUUUAAAAAACAAUUAUCUGAAAGCUUGUUCUUGUUUCUUCUAUACACAGGUGAUCAGCCUUGGAAUUUCCAUGAUAUUGUUUUCUUGGGACGACUCCAACAAAGAUUAUUUCAAAAUGAUGACAAAUAUUAUCAUACUGAGUGUACUUAUUUGCAUUUCUUUAUCUUUUUGGAUUGUGUCUAUGACUGCAAGCACGUAUUAUGGUAAAGUCUAGAUUGCUACUAAUGCAUGAUACAUUUUAGUUUACAACACUCAUACACAGUCUUUUAUUAAACUUGGUCGCUAAUCCUAAUAUUUUCUUAAUAUUUCAUUUUCAAAGAACACAAGCAAAUUCGAUUGUUGCCUAAUACAUAUUUACAUAACUAAAAAUAACUUCAUGUGACUGUUAGAUAAGAAAUGCAUAUUUGCAUGUAAAAUUGGGAGUGUAAAAGUUCCUUCCAAUUGAUGCUUUACAGGGUGUUGCUCUGAAGGGAUCCCAAAUGUUGGCAAGGAAUUAUGUGGGAGAGGAGCAUAAAAACUCACAGCUACUUAUUCAGCCUUCAUCCUAACCCAUAUUUGUGCAGAAAGAAAAGCCUAUAGAAAACUCAGUCCAGUCGUGUACAUAAGGAAACGAGAUGAUAAUAACACAUGUAGUAAAAGAAUGCUAAAGAAUGUAGAAAGACAUAUUGCUAUUCUGACAUAUUGCUGUUUUUAAACUACUCUAUAGGUACUUUGCGGCCUAUUUCUCCAUGGCGUUGGCUUGUUUCAAUCUUAAUUCCCCUGAUAAUAGCUUCACGAGGAUUUAAGAAAAAAAGUCUUGAUCAUAGUGGAGCAAUAGGAGGUAUGUUCUUCUGCCUUAAGUUUGGUUGUGCUUACAUAUAGUUUUAGAAAUUUCCUGAUUCUCCCCCCCCCCCAUUCAGUGGAAUGUUCAGUAUUGCCAUUCAUAAUUUUGGCUUUAAUAUUCUUGUGCUACUUCAUCUUACUUUUUUGUAGGAGCUAUUUUGCAAAUAAUGUAGUGUCUCUACCACAUUCUGAAGUUAUUUCCAUUGCAGGGAAGAUUCAUUCACAAAACAAUAUAAAUGUCGUCCAAUUGACUUAAAGCAACCAUAACCUUGCUAAUGUAAAUGGUAUAUUUAUUGCCCACAAUGGACUAGGUGUGGUGUAUAACAUUGAUGAGGUGUGGUUGCCAAGGAGAAUACUUGCCGAUUAUAUUAGCUGGAAAAGAUGGUGAUGGGGAGAGGCUUAUGUUCAUUGAUUCACUCCCAAUAGGGAAUCAGCACCUGUAGUCCUGUGCUUAUUUAUAAUAAUUUCAUCUAGCAGAAGCUAAAACUGUCUAUUUUAUUAUCUCCAAGAUUUCUGAAGGGAGUAGGUAUGAAUGGGAUCUAAUUUAUUGACCUGCUGUGCCAAUUCAGCAUUUAUUAUGCAAGUGGAAAAAUGAAAAUUGCAAUACUGAGGCAAGAAAAAAAAACAUUUGAUAGAUGGGACAUGCAUGAAGACUUGUGAAGAUCAAAACUGAAAGGAAAUUUAAUGCAGGUGUUGGUUUGGCAGAGGGAGACUCAUGUGACCAGUAUGUUCAGUGCCAGAAAGGGAAAGGAAAUGAGAAUAAAGAAUGGAAAUGGACAGUUGGAAGAAAGGACAUGAACAGAACUUUACUAUUUUAAAAAAUGCAAAAAGUGCUAUAUUUGGGGAAACUCCUCCUGUUGCCCAAAGAUGAUGAAGUAGUUAUGGACUCAUGUACUAAAAGUGAGCUCAGGUUUAUUAUCUGUGUAACCAAAACAAAGCUAUUGAAAAACAAGAGGAAGAUACUUCAGGGAGUUGCAGAAAUUCCUCACCCCACUCCUAAAGCAAGUUCAGUGGCAGCAGGAGGGGAAAUGGAAUGGAGUAAUCUAUCAUGACUGGCUAGAAUACUGGAAAUGCACGGGCUACAUUGCAACAGUUUGUUGCAAUCUUCACUUGUAUGUUAGGAAUUUUAUUUUAUAGCACAUUUUCUUAUCUCACCAUUUCCAUAGGUAAACAAAAGAUGCAAUAUCGUUGGGAUUUUUCUGCUGCUUUAAUCUUUAGACAGAACAAUAUUAUCUUUACAUUUUCAUCUUAGUCUAGGCUGGUUUUGAACUAAUUUUCCCAGAGUACAUAACUUGUGACACCAUCUCUUCCCUCUUUUAGGUUUAGUAGUUGGAUUUAUCCUCACUGUGGCAAAUUACAGCUUUUUCGCUGCCAUGUUCAUGUUUUUUAUUACUUCCUCCAAACUCACCAAGUGGAAAGGAGAAAUAAAGAAGCAAAUAGAUUCUGAAUACAAAGAAGGUGAGAAUUAAACAUCAAUUUUAAAGCCAAUUGAUUACAAAAAAUGCAUUUUGACUUUUAAUUAAGGCGAUAAAUGGACUAUGCACUAUGUAAUUUAUUUUUCGCCUCCCUUUUCUUUCUGGUGGGUGACUUGCAAGUACCUGAACGAAGUACUUUGCACUAGUAAUGAUCUUUACUUCUAGUUACGAAGGAAAACCUCAAUGAUUGAAAUGUAAAACACUUUACAGUCUAGCUUUUAUUCUUUUUCUGUGUGCUUCCAAGGAUAUUGCAUAUUAAAAUUCCUCUUAAGAACUUGUGUCUUCCCUUUCUGUACAUAGGUGGGCAGAGAACUUGGGUACAAGUAUUCUGCAAUGGUGGUGUACCUGCAGAAUUGGCUCUGCUAUACAUGAUUGAAAGUGGUCCAGGCGAAAUUCCUAUAGACUUUUCCAAACAAUAUACAGCAUCCUGGAUGUGCCUGUCACUACUGGGUGCUUUAGCCUGCUGUGCUGGAGACACGUGGGCUUCAGAGAUUGGCACUGUCAUGAGUAGUGAACCCCGAUUGAUAACAACCUGGGAAAAAGUUCCAGUAGGUAAGGAAAUUUCUGCUUUUGUUUUUUUUUUUAAAUAGUACCAUAGUUUAAUGAUGAAUGGUUUGUGGGCAGCCUGCUAAAUUCAUUUUUGUGGCCUGGGAAACCUUGGAGGUGUACUUUUAAUAUAGCUUACGUAGCCUUAAAUUAGGCCUGAAAAGGCUGCUUUGUGCUAGCUCAUUUGUAGCUUGGCCUUUUCUUAUCACAUUCUUCUACAUUUGAUUCAGUGACAACUGAGUGUAACUGGUCAAACUGUCCAAAAAUGAUAAGAGUUAUGGCAUCUUGUGAGUCAUUCUGUCCCAUUUGGGCAUGAUUUUAUGCAACCUGUUGCAGAAAAACCCAUUAAUCUUUUAUCAGAACCUUACUAGAAAUACUACUGUAUUCAAAAUUCAUCUGUCUUCUAGGACAGGGAAAUAUUUUGAAUUUUUGAUAGAGAAGCACAGUAUCUGAAGCUUAUGCUCAUAUUCCAAAAGUGAAUAAUGUCCUUCCUUAAGCUUGACUGGAACUUACUGUGUAUGCAUAUAUUAUAUAUUCUAGAGUGGGUUGCUUUGAAAAAUUCUGCUUUUGAAAAUGACAGUAGCCAGUUAGCCAGUUAGUUGAGUUUACAGCUGAGGGAGGUUCUGGUCCAGUAGUUCAGUCGCACAGACAGUAAUGUUGACAUCAGUAUUGAUUUCUUCCUCUCUAAUGAAAGUUGCUUAACUUUUUCAUUCAAAAAGGGCCAUGCUUUGUAUGGAGCGAGCCCUGUUGUCUUCUCCAUCUAGCCUGAUACCUUCCUUUGUGUUCAAAAUGUAGUAGAUCUGCCCUGAAUUUUGGUAGUUAUAUUUUAGUUACCCUUAUUUCUUCAGACAAAUUGUCCAUGUUUGGAUUCUUUAAGGUAACAAUACUUAACGUGUCAUCAGAAUAAAUGCUGGUACAAACAUGACAUUCUAGGUUUCAUAAUGAUAGCAAGAGAUCAGGAGCAGGUUUGCUGGUUUGCAUGCUUCCUCCUCCCCUCAUGUGAAUUCCAUCCUUCCUUUUGCAGUGAUGACCAGGGUUGGUUUUUAACCAGAGUUAGAAGCUGACACUGACCAUGGUUACUGUCAACAUUGGUGGUAAUGUAAUGCCACAUUCAAGUUAAUGCUAACAAGGAAAAGCAGAGAAGAAUUUAUGGGGAGAGAUCUUGCAAGCCUGUGACCAGUUCCCAAUCUCUUAAUGCUCUCAACUAAAAAAAACCCCAAUGGUUGUAUCUGCACUUAAUGCAGUUUGUUUGCUGACGACUUUAAUAAGUGUAAUUUAAACAGAUUGUAGAACAUUGUGCUUCCCCUUGUUUCUUUAACACUGGGAACACUGCUUCAAAAAGAGUAUAAGAUAAAUUAUUUCUAAUUCAGUUUUAUUUAUUUAUUUUAAGCAAAAGGGGAGAUUUCUCCUCAUAGUCCAAAAGUGUGUAAUAAAUCUACCAUUAGUUUUUGUAGUCUUCAUUAAAUGUAUGUUCUAACAAGUUUAGAAUGCCAGUUACGUUGGAUUUUUAAUUUUGUUUUUAGGUACCAAUGGUGGCAUUACUUUAGUGGGCCUAAUCUCAAGUUUGCUUGGUGGCACAUCAGUAGGUGUAGCUUACUUCAUUUCCCAGUUGAUGUUUGUGAAUGACCUGGAUAUAUCUGCUCCACAAUGGCCUAUUAUUGUGUUUGGUGGAAUGGCUGGUUUACUGGGAUCCAUUACUGAUUCUUAUUUAGGAGCAACCAUGCAAUACAGCGGUAAGGUUCCCCCCCCCCAAAAAAAAAUGUUUCGAGAUUUGUAUGAAAGUGUUGUAAUUUCCCUAUUGGGUGGGUAUGGCUCUUGGUAAUGAUAGAAUAGGCUUACUUCAAAGCAUGUCAUCAUUUGCAUUGACUUGAACUAUUUCUGAUUACUUGGCAUACUUUGAGAAUCUUGUUCUGUGUGCGUUUAUUUUGUCUCAUCUGCAGCUUCGAGUUGAAUUUAGAUCAUUUAACGAUAGUACUGGGAAAAUUGCCAUUCCACAAAUAAGCAGUGGAAAUAUUAAAUAUUGUGGGGAAUUGUAUUCUGUAAACCUUUGUUGACUUGGGAGAGAGGAAUGGAAAUGUAAACAACCAGACUGCAUAGCCAGAAGGAACAUGUUCCACUCACUCCAAGACAUGAUGCUUGAAUCCUAAAAAGAGUAACAUCUUGUUUGUUUGAAGCAGAAUGACCUAAAAACCAAUUUGUGCCAUUGAGGUAAAUAGGGACAAGAAAUUGUAUGUAGGGUUGCAGUCUUAAGUUGUGUAUGAAUGUUCACAAAUAGUUCUAAUCUAUGGGUGUUGGUAGAUGUUCAUUUGAUGACACCCAUUCUAGUUAUUGGGUAAAAGGGACUUCUCCAUCCAAUUGUUUUCUAUAUUGUAUUUCAUUCUUCAGGUUUAGACACAAGUACUGGAAUGGUUGUCAACCAUCAGACAAAAGAUGCAAAACACAUAUCUGGAAAACCUAUCCUAGAUAACAAUGCGGUGAAUCUCUUCUCCUCCGUAGUCAUUGCUUUGUUGUUGCCGGGAGCAGCAUGGGGAUUUUGGCCAAGAGGCUGAAGUGAAAGCAUUGACUCCCAUAUAUUUUAUAAAAACAAGCUAUGACCUAAAGGAGUCUAUACAAUGCACUCUAGACUGGAAUCUGUUUUCCUACUACUGCUACACAGGCCACGAGGAAUCAUCAGGCUAUUGAAGCUACACUUCUGUAGCAGCUGCUGUUACUGUAGGAAAAGUAGACUGGAAAGAGGCAGUAUUGAUUUGACAUCGCUUUGGUAAUGGAAUACAGUUCUGCCUGAAGUUUCUUCACCUGCUGCUUACAAGGUUGUAUGCUUGAUCUCAAUUCAUUCUCUACCAUCUAGUAAUUUAUUGAAGGAAAUGGGAAACUAAGGUGUUAACCUGUCACUGAGUACAGCUGUGUUCACAAUCAAAGCAAUGGACUUAACAUUAUACAUCUCCUAACUUCUUAUUGUAUUGCAGGAUGUGGAAAACACUUUUGAGGUGGUUUUCUCUGUGCACCAUCAAAAGGUGUUGAGGCAGUUAGGACGUGAAUGUUUGAAUGACUUCAUAAGAUCAAAACCUUUUUUCUUUCUUUUAAUAGAACACAUCAACAAAAACCAGCCUUUGAAAGAAUCCGUGUUGUUUCUCUUAGAACUAAAAUGUGAUUGUUCUAAUAACACUAAACUAUUGGUGUCUAAAGUUUAAAAAUUGGCAGAAGACUUGUUUUGGCCCAUAUCUUUAGCUAUUCUUAUUAGCUAUGGUUUUACCCGAGCAUAUUGAACAAACAGCAUUCUUUACAUUCAUUUCAUUUACUUCUGUUUAAUGUUGCAUGUUUUGCUUUUUAAACCUGAAGGAGGUGGCAGCCUGCAGAUUCACUUUAGUCAUCAAUAAAUGCAGGUUUCUUUUCUUGACCAUGCAAGGUGCACAAUCCGGAACUGGAUUUCUGAUCUUUCAGAAACCUCAUCUUUACACAGAAAGAGUAAACAAACUGUGGUAAAAGUUGUACUUCUGUAUAACUAAAUGCAACUCUUCUCAGGAUGUGAAAUUUCUCUUGUGCUAAUGAAAACCUUUCAGGUAGUAUGAUUGUAAAAUAGGCUCUAAUAUACUUUUGAUUUAUCUAUUUUGUUUGCAAACAGAUGUGUUUUCUGUACUCUUAUAUUUGUUGUUUUACAGCAGUUUUAUAUUGGUCAGAGAUGCUAACACUUUCAAUCUGGCAUAUAAUACUUAAGAAAAUCUGUAGGAUGUUAUUGUUAUGACCCACAAACUACUUUUAAGACUGUAUCCAUUCAGAGUUGUCAAUAUUUUCAAGUUGGUAGUUACAAAUUUAACUUGUCAAUGGGAUCAUGAUCUUGUAAGGCAAAAUAGGGGUCAUUGCCUUACAAGGCAGAUCACAAGAAUAUUUCAAAAGUUGGACAGCAAAACACUGGAUGCCUUGAACUUCACUCGUUCACACAGUAAUCAGACAUUUGACUUUGUGAACAUUCAUUGUAGAAAGAUUUUUAUAGUGUAGAUAGGAUUACACUGGGCACAAUAAAGUGAAUAUAACACCUCAAAGCAGCAUGUAAAUUGCACUAAUGUUACAGAACCAUUGUGAAAAGUUUGUGCUUUAUGAGAACAUGGAAAAGGUAUAAAAAGAGGAGACAGCAAAGGGAGGCAAAAAGUGGUACCUUAGAUAAAAACAUUUAUUGUAUUUUAUAGUAGAAUGCAUCAACAAAAGUCCACUUUAGAAAAUAUCUGUGCUGUUUUUGUUAUAAUUGCCACGAGAUAGUUCUAAUACUACAACGUAAUUGAUGUCUAAAGUUUGUGGGAAGAUGGCAAAGAUAUAAAAAGGGGGGUUUAAAAGUUGGAACUUGGAAUAAGGCAAGAAGAAAUUGAUGGAACUGGAAAAAGAGCUGGCAGAGAAAAGCUCUGAUGAUGAACACAUUCUAGCCAUCGUCAGAAGAGUGAGAACACAGGAAAGUGUGAGCAAGUUGUAAAGGAAAGGGGUGUGGAGAGAGAGAGAGGAUAAGUGGGCUGAGAUUUAACAGUUUGAAUGAUUUUCUUUUUUCUUUUUUUUUACGUAAGAGGGAACAUACAUUUUAAUAUUCUUUGCCUCAGGGCUCUUCCUUUGAGAUCUAUAGGGCUAUUUGUAUUGAAAGUGCAUAUAGCAGUAAUUUCUUUUCCAGAUGAGAGCUUGCUUUAUUAAAUUAUACCCAUUUGAAUAAAUCUGACUUAAAAAUUAAAUCCGUUUUUUUGUUUUUAUUGUUUAGCCAUUACAACAACUUUAGAAAAAUAAUUAAAACCAAACUGAAGACAAAUUGCUUUGAGAACACUCAGACAUUAUUAUAUGACAGCAUCAGUUACUUUUAUACUAAUAAAUGUUUCUGCCUUACCUUUUUAAAAGGCAGCUCUUCAUUAUCCUGAAAUUAUUAUUGGAAAGCAAAGCAAAUCUAUCUUCUGAAGGAUGGAUAAUUGUGAUAUACAUUUUAAAGUCUGUAAAAUAUUUUUCUCUUGCACUCUGCAUCUGUGUACAGUCAAAAGAAAUAGUGGAAAAUAUCUAUACAAAAAUCAGUCCAGGUUUGUACAUGUCAUGUAUAGUUAGCUUUAAGCUGUUCUGUCACGUGCAUUUUAAAUUCAGUAUUAUAACAUUUUCUAUAUGCAUGUCUUCAUGGAAAGAAUACCACGACGUUACACUGGAAUGCUUCUUAGUCUGGGUAAAGACAUGCGGAGGACACAACAGUUCUGUUAGUUUGCUGCAGAAGAUGGCUGCCCCCAGUACUGAUUGGCAAGUAGCUUGUGAGGUUACCAAGAAGCCAGUAAGUUAAAGAAUUGAUAAAUAAAUAAAUUUUCUAAAAUAAACAGGCAGCCUUUCAGAAGCCAGGCAGGGGGAACAUGCUUUGCAAAUGAAUCAGAUUUUGACUCUUAAUAUACGCACCUGUCAUUUGAAAAAGUGCUGAGUUGGGAAGAAGCUGGGAUCAUCUUGCACUGAAGGUUUUCUUCACCCUUGUGUUCAUUUUGUGAACAUGCUCUUUGUAAUAUUACCGUAACUUACGUGUAACGUUAGGUUAAAUCCAGGCUUCAUUGUCCACUAGUGGAAACACUCUUGCCUGUGGGAGAAUUUUGGUUCCACCAAUGGAAGAGACAAUGGCUGGUGUCAUGUUCCACACUAUUCUGGAGGAACUGUCUGGACCAAAGUUUUGGCAGGUGGUGGGGGCCUUGGGAGCAAGGGGAAUCUGCAGAAGUCACUUCCCCUUGCCACUUCUCGCGAACUCACAUGAACUCUCAUGUGAAUGCUAAAUAGUGGUGAAAUGUUUCCAGCAUGCCAUUUAAGAGAGGUCACUGUAUGAGGUCAGCUUAUGAUACGGAUUUGGGUUUUUUGUGCUUUUAUAGGCCUAUACCCUAUGUGGCAUCCAUUGAGUUUUGAAAACCUGCUUCAAUAUAACCAUAUAUAUGAUGAAUGAGAGAAUGUGGUUCAGGGGUAUGCAUGCUGACCAAUUGAUCUUUUACCCUAUGUUAAAGACUCCCUGCCCAAGAGAAACUAGGAUGUUGUUGGCUUGUGGAUUGUUAAUAGCUUUUGAAAUCCUUUAAACUUGCACUUUAGACACAUUGCCUAUGGAGAUCACACUUUCCCCCUCAGUAACAUUCUCUUGUUAAACUGGCUUUACAGGUUUUUGUUGCACUUCAUCAAAUAUCAGGAGGGCAAGUUGAAAAUGCCUUCCAGCAGCAGGAAUAGGAUUGCUGCAAUAGACACAAGCAUUUUCUUGCACCCAUUGUGGGAACCAGUUAGCAUCCACAAUGCAGAGUUGCUUCUCUUCUGUCUCCUCCCGUUCCCAGUAUUAUUUUGGAAGACUGCACAUUUUUCACUUUAACUAUGGGAAAUAGCUUAUAUGUGAGAAGCCAAAAUCCUUGGCUAGUGGUCUGUGCCUAGUUUGCUUAAUCCCGGGUUGUGCAUGCCUGUCUCGACAUGUCUCUUCAUGAUUGCUCUGCUCUCACUGCACACCUGCUGCAUGUUCUACCUAAGGGAAAACAACACCCACACAAACCAGACAGAGAUGAAAGAACAACAGAGAAAAUAUGCAUAAGGAGGAGAGGAGAGGCAAUAUUUUGGAGGCAAAUGAUUCCAAGGAAGAACGCCAGCUGUUCUCUUAUUCUGGGGCACCACCUUCUUCCUUAUUAUUUCACUUGUUCUAGAGACCACAUUCCUUCAAUGAAAACAGGAUCCAAGGAAACCGAUACCACUUCCAUUAUUUUAUUUGCUGGUAUAAAAACAGCGUUAAAAUCAGCAAUAUUGAUAAUUGCUGAUUUUCCUGUAUGCCCUGGCCUGAUUUAAGACCUUUUUUGAAGUGUUGAAUUGAAUGCUUUUGUUUAAAAACUGUGAAGAGACAUUAAUUCUAUAAUGAUUCAGAGUGGGGAGUGCCACCUACUGGUUUUCUCAUGUAUUUUCUGGCAGGCCUGGAGCUGGAAAACUGAGGUGUGAAAUCUAAUUUGAUCAAAGAAACCUUAUACUGUACUUAACAUUAUGUCUCACAACAAAUGUAACUGAUUUGUAAGAAAGACUACAACCUGAAAAAAGAUACAAGGAGUGUACUUUUGUAAACCAAGAAAAUAUUUAAUAAAAAUAAAUUUAAAAAAGAAAAAAGAAAAGGCACGAGGCUUUAAAAAAUAUGUUUGCUUUGCAUUGUACAACGGGCCUGCUGUUCAGGAGAUCAGCAUGAGAGUGCAGAUAGCAUGCUGGUAGUGUGGGGCUUUUUACAUUUAUGUGUGUCUAUAUAUAUAUUUACAUAGUACUUUUUGUCUGUAUAAUUCUAAGCACCAUAUCAUGGGUUCCCUGGUGGUCUCCCAUCUGGGUACCUCAGGAGACCUGCCAAGUGUCCCUAUUUUCCAGGGACCAGCCCCAGAUUUACAGAAGCCAUUGUGACACCUCCCUCUGCUGGCUCACUGGUCACCAGAGUGCUAAAAGGCCUGGUGAGCUAUGGUUGGAUCAUUUCGCAUUUGUUACAGGAAGAAGAUAGACAUGUAAGUAGGAUUUCUCUCAGCAUCUGCAUUCUGUGAUGAUAUUGAAUUCCUCUUGAGCUUAGAGGCAUUAGAAAGUACUAACUGUGAGCCCCAUUUCCUUUUCUAGGCUUUUAAGGCUGAGAAAAGUCUUUUCCCAUCUGGGAAGAAAAAAAACACUUUCCCCUCUCCCUGAGACUUUUCCCUUGCCCACAAUCCCCCCCUCCGCCUGUGGACCCCUCUUUGAGAGGACACAAAAGAUAAGACCCUUCAGCAUAUAGAUACUGCUUCCAAAGUAAUUUUAGUCCCUAGGUUUCUUAGGAAAGGUCUCUCUGUAACUGUCUUUGAGGCCUAUUUCAAGGUUCAGAAAAUAAACAUAUCCCAUGUGGCUCUUUGUUUCCCUGUAGGCUCUGCAGACCUCCUGCCAAUCUGAUUUGGAGAAAGAUGGCAGGAGGAAGAAAGAACAAAGAAAACAUGAAGGUAAUGUCUAUUUCCAAGGAUAUGUUCAGGGUAUAUAAGUAAGUCCCUAAAACAGUUAUAAUUGCUAGGCUUCUCUUCUUUUCCAUUUGGAUGACAUAAUAUUUGAAGACCUGGAGGGAGAGCAGGGGCAGGACAGCUUUUAUACUGACACCAUGAACCACAUAAUAAGAAUAAGAAUUAAUAAUAAUAAUAAUACCCCACCCAUCUGGCUGAGUUUCCCCAGCCACUCUGGGCAGCUCCCAAUCGAGUGUUAAAAACAAUACAGCAUUAAAUAUUAAAAACUUCCCUAAACGGCUGCCUUCAGAUGUCUUUUAAAAAUAGGACAGCUGCUUAAUUCCUUGACAUCUGAUGGGAGGGCAUUCCACAGGGUGGGCGCCACAACCGAGAAGGCCCUCUGUCUGGUUCCCUGUAACCUCACUUCUCGCAAUGAGGGAACCGCCAGAAGGCCCUCGGCGCUGGAUCUCAGUGUCCGGGCUGAAUGAUGGGGGUGAAGAUGCUCCUUCAGGUAUACAGAACCUGAGCACGGAGUUUGCCAUCGCUCUCUACCAACGCUGGGCAGAGCUCCACCAUGGAACGAACCUCGCCAUUUCCCCAGUGAGCGUGUCUCUUUCUUUGGGGCUGAAGGGAGCACAUUUGCCCAACUGCACUCUGGCAUACAGCACUCAUGGUAAGGCAACCUUCUGAGAAACAGCUUUUCGGUGAGCAGUGCAUGCUGUCGUGAACUUCACCUUACAGCUUGGACUGUCCUUCCUCCGACACGCUGAGGAAGCACCAGGGCUGCCUGGGUCACGGCGGGCUCUGGAAAGCCAGACACCAUCUGGCCCAGCAGGAGAAGGGACAAGGGAAGAAGCGCCAGGGCUGCCAUGGGAGCUGAGCCGGAUUCCUGGCGCCACCAGGAGCUGGCCCGGCCCAACUACACAUCAUUUUUAUGUCAGAAGCAUAUACUUUUAAAAAAGAAUUGUAUGCUGAAGUCCUGUGUGCAUUUGCCUGGGAGUAAGCCCAUUGAAAAUCAAUGGUGCUUAUGUAGGUGCAUAUGUAGGACUGCAUUAUUAACAGCACUUGUGAAAAUCUUCAAAAUAACAUAAUUAGCCACUCGGAGAGAGAGGUACAGUCAUAUUUUCUAGGUUUUGUAGAUUAAUUUCUCAGUCAAAAACUGUGGAGAUUAGACAUUCUUGAGCACAUCUUGUUUCUGAUGGGGAGCUUUUCCUUUUCACCUUAGCGACUUUGGAUCUAUACUUCAGAUGGUGAGCUGGGAAGCAGUUAUUUUUGGAUAGAAUUUGGAAAUUGCUUUUGAUUAAGAGUUGGAGUUUUUCAAAUGAAUGAUUCCCCCCCACCCCAAAAUGUGUUCUUACUGGGAGUUGCUUCUUGUUCUGCUGUGUGUUGUAUUUGUAGAUAGCAACUGUGAUACAGUUUAUCUGAAAUUACCAACUAUUUUCACCUUCAGAACAUUUCCCCCCUAUCUGCCGAGACUCCCAUUCCCAUAAAGAUGAACAAUAGUGCAGAGGAGAUAGAUACGCAACUAGCUAAAUAAAAUUCUCCAUAGAUAACUUAAACUGAAACCCCUAGGAUUCUAAAGCAAUUUAUGACAUUCUGUGUCAUUGCUAGCCUACUUCUGAUAGCUGUGUUUCUUGUCUGCUCAGGGAUACUUCCUUAUUUGCAGAUCUUUGGUCCUUUGUUGUGUUAUUGGAUAAAGCUGACUGGCAGGAGAAUAAAAGCAGGUAUGCUUCUGCUUCUCAUUACUAGAGAUGCGGGUGGCGCUGUGGGUUAAACCACAGAGCGUAGGACUUGCCGAUCAGGUUGGCAGUUCGAAUCCCUGCGACGGGGUUAGCUCCCGUUGCUCAGUCCCUGCUCCUGCCCACCUAGCAGUUCGAAAGCACCUCAAAGUGCAAGUAGAUAAAUAGAUACCGCUCCAGCGGGAAGGUAAACGGCGUUUCCGUGCGCUGUUCUGGCUCGCCAGAAGCGGCUUAGUCAUGCUGGCCACAUGGCCACAAGCUGUAUGCCAGCUCUCUCGGCCAAUAAAGCGAGAUGAGCGCCACAACCCAAGAGUCGGUCACGACUGGACCUAAUUGUCAGGGGUCCCUUUACCUUUACAGAUCUGUCAGUUUGAGUUUCUCUCAUCUUCUCGUUCCCCCCAAUCUUAAAUUCAGUUCCCUACAUCAGUUUGCAAUUUAAAACAAAAGUUAUCAUGAAGAUUAAUCAGUAUUUAAAUGCUAAUUUCUCCUAAUAUAUGUUUGUAUGCAAAUUUGCCUAAUAUGCACAUUUUCACCAAGCAAUUUCCCCUAUACCAAAGUGUUUUUGUAUGUUAUUUUCACUAAUACAUGCACUUUACCCCACUAUAUGUGCACUUUUGUUCACAUUACCUGGUUGGAGAAAUGCAUUGCAAAAUUCGACAAAGUGUUUUUUGCAAGGAUGGCUACGUUUCAGUUUUCAUACUGUUUUGGAAAGUACAAAUUAGGUUGGCUCACCUUUAAAUGCAAAUUGAAUUGAAAUCCCUCCCCCCCAAAUAUUCAUAAGCAGAAAUUGAUACAUCUCAGGUUCUCAACCAAUAAAUAAAAGUUAUUUGACCCAUCUAGGCAGAGCAAAAUGUGAUCAGAUUUAUUUUAAAGCCCUAUUUGUCAGACGCUGUGGGUAAAACCUCAGCGCCUAGGACUUGCCGAUCGCAUGGUCGGCGGUUCGAAUCCCCGCGGUGGGGUGCGUUCCCGUCGUUCAGUCCCAGCACCUGCCAACCUAGCAGUUCGAAAGCACCCCUGGGUGCAAGUAGAUAAAUAGGGACCGCUUUAUAGCGGGAGGUAAAGGGCGUUUCCGUGUGCUGCUCUGGUGCUGGUUCGCCAGAGCAGCUUCGUCACGCUGGCCACGUGACCCGGAAGUGUCUGCGGACAGCGCUGGCUCCCAGCCUCUAGAGUGAGAUGAGCGCACAACCCUAGAGUCUGUCAAGACUGGCCCGUACGGGCAGGGGUACCUUUACCUUUAGUAGUGUACCACACUUUGUUCUCUGUUUCAGGAUAGCAAACUGAUAUAUGGUGUGAUUCCGACAUAUCUGUGGAUAGUCACAAAUGCAUAGGGAGCUUACAUACACAUAGAAGAUUUAUAGAAUCUGGCCUACAUGUGGAUGGGAGAGGCAGGGAGCAUCUGAGGUAUGGCAACCUGCCAUGUAGUGAUCUCUGAUGAUCCACCAGACUGCUACAAGGGCACACGGCAUUGUUUUGCUAUCCCUGAUACACAGGGUGAGCUAGAACACGUGUUAAAGAUUCUGGCAAAGAGGGUUCUUAGGAAACCAGCUACUAUAUUUUCCGAUGCCAGGGCCAAAGAGACAGCAUUCAAGGCUCAAAUUCCAGCCAUGUAGCCAUUUCAUCUGGAACAGAACCUGGUACCAUUUCAUGUACCUGGAACAGAACCUGCCUUUCUCAGUCAAAAGCUGAACAACCUUAGAAUGUUCUCCUUUUAUAUUAUUCUCCCCUCUGUCAGGGACUGGCAGGGCACUGAGGAGAGGGUGGAGGAGGCAGUGGGGACAGAGGCUGACCCACGGGAAGGGGGCAGUGAUUUGUGGGGUUCUGUGCCUCCUGCAAGGCAGGAACCAGAGCUGGGGGGAGGUGAAGUGUCUGAGCAGGAGGAGAUGGAGGAUGAGGGGCAGCAGCUGGGGCAGGAAGAAGGCAGAACACCCAGGAGCAGAGGAAGAGGUGGUGCCAGAGGGGGAGGCUCAGCAGAAUCUCCUCUGUCCCCCAGGACUGGGAGGGGAAGUUUGAAGUGACAGGCACAGCGGCAACUUCCCUGUAGAUGUUGCAGGGUUGCUUACUCUUGCUCUGUCAGACAAGGGUACUUAGGUUUGGGUGGAGGCAUGGUUCUACUGUUGCUCCAACAAUCCAGCUCGGAUGCCAGCUACUUAGGCAUCAGAAGUGUGUGUAUGUUCUGUGCUUCUUAGGAGCUACUGUUAAGUGUGUGCUUUGUCCAUAAAGAAUUAAACUAACACCCAUUUGUCCUUGGUCUGGUGCUGAAGACACAUUUCCCCACUUCAUAGCCAUUUAGUCUUUACAUACCUAGCACCCCACCCCCACCUCCACCCCCCAAGAGAUUUAGAGCAGUGGUGGGCAACCUGCGGCCCUCCAGAUAUUGUCAUCUGACUUUAUUUCCUCCUCCUUAUCAACCCCUUUUCCUUUUGUGUCCCGUCUUUUAGAUUAUGUAUCUGAGAGCAGGGACUAUCUUACUACACAUAGUUGCAAACUGCUCUGGUCGCCUGUGUUUGACUAAAGAGCAGAUAAAAAUGCUUUAAAUAAAAUAAGUGGCUUUUUAAAGAUCUACAAAGGCAUUUGAGCACUUUCCUUGUUUGUUAAUGCAUUUUUUAAAUUAGAGAUUUAAUUAUAAAAUGCACUGUCUCUUUCAGUAGCAAUUUGUCCAUAUGUAGCAAAGGGAACAUUUUAGAUUGCUUCUCAAAACGCAUUAGCAACAAUGCAGCGCAAAGGCAACAAUAUAAAUCAAUUUGCUUCUCCAGCUGACAGAGCACCUGGCUGUUCUAUCUAACCAUAUUAUUUAAAGGUCAUUCCUAAAAAUGGAUUCUUCGCAAUCUGUUUCUGGUCCUUAAGCUUUGAAAAUGGUUCUGUGAUGAAUGACUUUCAUUUAAAAUAGAUGGGUCUGAUAUAACUGUUUCUUUUGUUUCUAUAAGCGUGAGUAUAGAUAUAUUGCUCUAGAAAGAUGAGUCGCUGUGAGCAAGCAGAUGCAACUGCUUAAAAGCUGGGUGUUAAAGUUGUGCAAAGUUGGGGUCUGAUAAACCUGAACAUUAGUACGUAAUCCAAGGGCCAGGUCUUAGCUCAGAAGAGACUCAUACUGGAAUUUAUAGCAGAAGGUACAAAGUAGUCUAAAAAUGGUUGGAAGAAAUGUACUAGAGAGGCAGGCAAUUCUAGUUGUACAAGCAAAUUCAGUCCCGCCUCUUCUCCCAGUAAAAGCAGCUUUGUACGAGCCAGAUUCAAAUCUCCUAUGUCGCCUUUCAUGUCUACCAACUUAACUGAGCCAAGCAAGCAUUGCCUCCACCCCCCCCCUUAAGACACAGCCAGGUUAACAUGGGUGAAGGCACUCCUUGAAAAAGCUGUCCCUAAACUACUUAGGGCAGGGCAGGUCCCAGUCUGCUGCCUCAAGCUGUGUGCAUGUGUGGUCCUCCUUCAGGGGGAGUAUAAUACCAUCCAAUAUAUGUUGUAUCUUUUGAUCCAGAUCACUGCCUCCCUGGGACUUUUAGAUGCAAAUGAGAGAUCAAGAUGCAUGUCAUCAGUACUGUUUUCCCCAGCAAUUUCAAGCAGACAUUAAACAGCACCGGGUCCGAACCAGAGCCCUACAGCAGCCCAAAAACCAUGGAGCAAAGCAAAAGUCUCCUCCUUAGGAACCAUACUUUUAAAGACAAGAGCCACUGCAAUACCAUGCUACUUACCGUAUUUUUCUAUGUAUAACACGC